AUGGCGGACGACGCCGCCAGCAGCAAGGACAAGGAGGAGCAGGCCCGCAGGGCGCAGGCGCUCGCCGAGAAGUGCUUCCUGGCGGGCAAUGUCCACGGCGCCCGGCAGUGGAUGCAGUCCGCGGCCAGGCUCGCGCCGGGGCUCCCCGGCGCGGCGCUGGUCGCGGCGGCCUACGACGUGCACGCCGCCGCGGCGCGGGGAGGGCGCCCCCCCGGGUGCUGGUACGCCGUGCUGGGCCUGCGGCCGCCGGCCGACGUCACCCACGACGACGUCAAGCGGCAGCACCGCAGGCUCUGCCUCCUCGUGCACCCCGACAAGAACCCCUGCGCCGCCGCCGACGGCGCCUUCAAGCUCGUCCAGGCCGCCUGGGAAGCGCUCUCCGCCAGGCACCCGCCAGGCGCGGCGGCGGCCAACAAACCCGCACCACCGCCCCCACCUCCGCGGCCACCGCCACGGCCCCCACCUCCGCGGCCGCCACCGCAGUACCGCCAGCAGGCCACGCCGCCGAGGCCGCGGCCGAAGGUCGUGCAGAUGCAGCGGAGGGCUCCAGCGACGGCGUCGAGGGCUGGGGCGCCGACGACGUCGAGCUACGCGGACCAGGCGAAAAGGCAGCAGCAGCACAGGCCCCCGGAGAAGGGCUCGCCGCUGCCUCCGACGGGCCGGAGGCCCACUUCGCAGCCCCGGGACAAGUGCCCGGCCUGCGGCGCGUGCACCACCAACGGGAAGAGGAGCUUCCGGUGCGGGAGCUGCCAUUGGAGCCCCAUGGACGAUCGGCCGCCGGACGACGACGACGACUUCUUCGAGGACGACUACUACUAG